UUCUCUAUCACUUUUCAUUUCCGAUGUUUUUAUGUGGAGGAAUUGCGUGAUUUAAAUUCUCUUUACCAUAGCUUUAUAUGCUGCUGACAUUUCUGUAUCAGUUUCCAUUUUCGAUGUUUUUAUGUGGAUGAAUUGCGUGAUUACUACUGAAUCAUGUGCUGGUCACUUUUAUUUCAUUGAUUUACGCCGCAGAUUUGUUACGUUUAUUCCACGUCAAACAUGUUUUGGAUGCGAUUUCAGUUCCCAGCUAGUCUGAGUGUUUUCUGUUGAAUAGAUGUAUGUUGAAAUUCGUUAAGUGUCGAUAUGAUAUGGUAGAUUGCUCAAAUUGUUCUGUUGAGAUCUACCCUUACCUGACAGUGUUUGUAAAGUGAUUGAAUAUUUUAUAUAUCAUGAUCCUGAUGGACGUUCUGUGGUUGCUAAAUUCUGAUGUGAUGACUGAAUAGCACUCCCAAUCUUAAUCGUAUAAUCAAGGCUGGAGUCUCAAAAUAGCUCUGUUUCGCCAAUAUCCUCACUUUGGGAUAUUUGGGAAGAAAUACACAUGAGCAAGAGAUUUGGCAUGGUUAAUCACUGCCAUAGGCCUUUGGUUUGGGAAUAUUUCUUGUCAUUCACAUGGAACUUUAGCGCUCCAGUGUUCUUUAGUCAUGGUGUGUAAUAUAAAUGUUCUCUGUUUCUAUCCUUCUUAUGUGAAAGAGAACUACUCUCUGUUUUAUGUGUUGUGUUCAUUUUCCUUUGUAGAUAUUCUGAUAUUUUCGGUGUGUACGUUUUGCAUGGAUACAAGAGUACAAUAAGCUGUCUCAGAUUUUAACUGAUUUCAAGGAACAAUGUCUCAUAGAAAGUUUGAGCAUCCAAGACAUGGAUCAUUGGGGUUUCUACCAAGGAAAAGGGCCUCUCGUCACAGAGGAAAAGUGAAGGCCUUUCCUAAGGACAAUCCAAAACAAGAAUGCAGGUUGACUGCUUUCCUUGGAUACAAAUCUGGUAUGACACACAUUGUUCGUGAAGUUGAAAAGCCCGGAUCAAAACUACACAAGAAAGAGACUUGUGAAGCUGUUACUAUAAUAGAAACUCCACCAAUUGUGGUUGUUGGUGUUGUUGGAUAUGUCAAAACUCCAAGAGGUCUCCGCUGCUUGAAUACUGUGUGGGCACAACAUCUCAGUGAGGAGGUUAAGAGGAGGUUUUAUAAAAAUUGGUGCAACUCGAAAAAGAAGGCUUUCACAAAGUAUUCAAAGAAGUUUGAUAGUGAAGAGGGCAAGAAGGACAUCCAGGCACAAUUGGAUAAAAUGAAGAAAUACUGCACUGUCAUUCGGGUUUUGGUUCAUACACAGAUACGAAAGAUGAAAGGACUUAAGCAGAAGAAAGCUCAUGUGAUGGAGAUUCAAGUCAAUGGCGGUGAUAUUGCAAAAAAGGUUGAUUAUGCAUAUAGCUUUUUUGAGAAGCAAGUUCCUGUUGAUGCUGUUUUCCAGAAAGAUGAGAUGAUUGACAUCAUUGGAGUGACGAAGGGUAAAGGAUAUGAGGGUGUAGUCACCCGAUGGGGUGUUACCCGCCUUCCUCGUAAGACACACCGUGGGCUUCGUAAGGUAGCUUGCAUUGGUGCUUGGCAUCCUGCAAGGGUAUCGUUUACUGUUGCUCGAGCUGGGCAAAAUGGAUACCAUCACAGGACAGAACUGAACAAGAAGAUCUACAAAUUGGGAAAGGCUGGUCAAGAGUCUCAUUCUGCCAUGACUGAGUUUGACAGGACUGAAAAGGACAUUACACCGAUGGGUGGGUUUCCGCACUAUGGUGUGGUGAAGGAUGAUUAUCUCCUGAUUAAAGGCGGCUGUGUUGGGCCAAAGAAGCGUGUUGUCACUUUGAGGCAGUCACUGUUGAAACAAACUUCUAGGGUUGCUUUGGAGGAGAUUAAGCUCAAGUUCAUUGAUACGUCCUCCAAAUUCGGUCAUGGCCGCUUCCAGACAACAGAGGAGAAAGCCAAGCUCUUUGGCAAGCUCAAGGCUUGAUUCAACAUUCUUGUCAAGGACCCCCUUAUUGAACUCUACUUUAUUUGCUUUCACCUGUUGGAUUUUUGAAAUUUUGACAUAUGGAAUUUAUCUAGUUGCAUUUUAAUAGAACUCAUCUGUUUUGUUUAA